AUGGAGGAGGGAUACGAGCUUGACCUGACGUACAUCACGGAGCGCAUCAUCGCUGUGUCCUUCCCCCGGGGUUGCACAGAGGAGAUCUACUCGCACAACCUGAAGGACGUCACACGGAUGCUCAAGUCCAAGCAUGCAGAUAAUUAUCUGGUCAGUGCUCACCUCAAAAUGAGUCAAGUGCGAACAGUAUUGCAAAAACCGGCGUUAAAGCAGAAUGCAAUCUUAUCAGUAACAAGGUUUGAUUUGAUUUCACCUCCUUUAGAUCAUCAACCUGUCCGAGAAAAGACACGAUCUGUCCAAAAUGAACCCAAAGGUAAGUUUGAGUGACGCUGUGCCACCGUCUCUUCACAAAAUAUCAAAGAUCCAUUUCUGAUCAUCCUCUAGCAGCUGUUCUAACCGAGUACAGAUAACAUUGCCUUACCAAAUACAGAUAACAUCACAAUAUGGAUUAGUUAUAUAUAGGAGCUUGUAUGGAUUACCACUAUGUCUGUUUAUUGAUGUGUCUUUUUGUAGACUCUGGACACAGGCUGGCCGGACAUGCACGCUCCACCUCUAGACAAGAUCUGCACCAUCUGUAAGGCCAUGGAGAACUGGCUCAAUGCUGACCCUCUACAUGUUGCGGUGAUACAUUGCAGGGUGAGGAUGCAGGGGUCUGUCUCAGUUUUGCAUCCACAUGAAGCAAUAACACAAGAUUUAACUAUUUUGAUGGUCGCACAUAUUUCAAAAAACCUUCUUUUGCCAAAUUUCUGAAUAUUUUGCUUUUAAAUCAUCCUUAGAAAGACCUGAAAGACAUUUUUAAAGACAUUUAAUUAGUGUGGAAGUAAUGAUUUUCUUAUUUUAUAACCCUAAUCUGCUGAUCAGCAUCAUGUUAUUGUCAUUUAACGAACAGCUCAUAAGGAGCUUCAACCUGAUACUUUCUAGAUGUUUUCAGGAGCGUAAAUUAAAGUGCAAGUUUUUAUCUUCUUUUCUGUUUCAGGGUGGCAAAGGUCGCAUCGGGGUUGUCAUUUCAUCCUUUGUGCAUUUCACCGACAUCUCAGCAAGGUAACCGACACCACAUGAUUUACGUUACGUUACGGUAAAUGUCAUCGUCUGCUUUGAACUCAGGAUUUGUCAGAACUCACUCCUGACAACAAAGAACCCACAAGAUUAUAGAAAAAAAACAGUCUGAAUACCACAAGCAGUGUCAGCCCCCCCUUUAAAUCAGGGUCAAGGUGAGUCAGAGAGUGAGUCAAAGAAAAAAGGCCAACACUUUGAAUUUAAAGGGAAACUGCACAAUUAAAGCCCUGAAUCAUCCUGGAUUGAGUUACAUGAAUCAACUCUGAAAUAUGCUAGUUACUGUAAUCGCUUCUGGCCACAGUGUCAGAUUCAUGAAAUCUAUUCAUCAUGAUGAAAACCGAGUCCAAUUUCAUAACCGUUUAAUUUGAGCGAGGUUUAACGGAGAAAAAAAAAGAAAAAAGAUUGAGGAAACAUUGGGAGGGACGGCCUGAUGAUCCUUUCUGCACACAGAAGUUAUAUCACAGCCUUCAUUCGACCAAUUUCUUCUUUCCUUACUAUGUACGUCCUGCUGAGGAUGACUAGGUCAGUAAGGGGAAUGUAAAGAGACAGAUAGGAAAGGAAGAGAUAGGAAAACAAUGGAACAGAUUGACAAUAGAGCAGAUUUGUCGGGGAGAGCAGAGGGAGAGGGUUUGACGAGAGGGAAACAGAGCUGUGGUGAAAAGGCUGCAGCCCCUGUUGGUUUAAGAUCUGUCUGAAUAGCAGAGCUGUGCACACACUCCGGCCUCUCUCUGUCCUCCUCUCCCCCUCUGUGUUUACUUAAGGCUGGCAUUCUCUUCCUCUCUGCUGGAAUCCCCUGUCUCUCUCUGCUUACUUUCACUCUUGUCCAUUAUGCAUUCGUAUGUGUGUGUGUGUGUGUCGUCCUUAUUCAAGUUAGGUUAACACCGUUCAAUUACAGAGCAGUGUAGUGAAAAACCUCCCUCCUGACUCAUAAUUACCUAAAGCGUUUAAUGUGCCUCUCUGUCUCCCUCAAAGUGCUGAUCAGGCGUUGGACCGCUUCGCCAUGAGGAAAUACUAUGAUGAUAAGGUCUCAGCUCUGAUGACACCUUCACAGAAAAGGUAAGACCUAAAAGUCAAGCACGCCCUUCUGUCUCGCAGCACGCGUCUGUCCAUGUGCUUUGUUGACCAACAUCUGAACACAACCGUGGUCCCAGACUGCCACCUGAUUCAACACCAAACUCUGCAUAUCCUGUUUUUUUCUUUUCUUAUUCUCCGCUAAGCUCCUUAGUGUUGGUGUUUGUUUGUGAAUGGGGUUCAUGGUGAUGUGGUGUAACCCUAACUCUAUGCAUCACUGUGAAUCAACAUGACUCACACUGAUGGCUCUUUGAAGGAGUUCAUGAACCACUCCUGCAAGAUUUCUCAGAGAUGUCUUGCUCCUUACUACCUCAUGUCUUAUGUCAGUAGGUAGCAUGGAGUCAAAUCUAUGAGGAUACAAGACAUGAUCAGGAAUACAAACCCACUGAAUGUCUUGUUUUCUUACGCAGAUUAAACAGACAACAUGUAGAGGAUUAAUCAAGGUUGAAUUCAGGCUAGCUGUUUACCCUAUUGUCAGUUUUCGGUCGCACAAAUGUUAGUCAGAAAUCCUCAAGUUGGGUCCCCAAUAAAAGGAGAGUCUUAAUCGCCUUGGUAGAGACUUUAUGCAGAAUUGGCUCAUUAAGAUAGGUAGCAUUACAAAACUAAUUCACAUCAUUUUGAAGAUCAUUUCAAAUCACAGGGCAUCUUUCUGUUUUGUUUUGCUAGCUCUUUUAUUGUAGCCACAUACCAAUAUCAAAAGCAUGUUACCUGCUGUCCUGUGUGAAUUAAACCUCCAUGGCGUGAAAAGAUGUAGUAGCAGUUUAAAGACACAUAUUAAGGGGCCUUCACAAUGUCUUUCCUUUUUGUUUUCAUAUGUAGCCUUCAAAGAAUACAGUCUGUGAGUUGAGACACAGCUUAGCACAGAAAUAUUUCAUCACUUUGUAUCGUGGCAGUGGCGAAGCCAGAGGGUGGCCACCCUUAAAUCCUAAACUAUGACUGGCUGUUUGCCUUGGUGGAGGUGAUAUUUGUAUUGAGAUCAACUGUUUGGGUUCUGUUUAGAUAGGCUGCUAUUCUUAAGUCGGUGAUUUAAAUGAUGAUUUUAGACAAAUAUCAUCUCUUGACUUCCUAAAGAAAUAACCUCUGCUCUGUUUAGUUACCGUUUAAGGUCAAAAAGAGAAACAAUGUGACCUUUUUCUUUAAUUCCCAUUCGAGUAAAUAAUCCUGCCAGGUUUGGGUAAGCCUCUAAAUGUGUAUCAUGCCUGGGAACCCCAUCUAAAGCCAGUGCACCAGUCUGGCAACCCCACUCAGAAAUAUCUAGCUCUGCCACAGCGUUAUUGACAGUGUAGGUGAUAAAUUCCUGGUGUAUGCAAUAUAUUAUAAACACCUUUUGUGUUAUUGUCUUUUGUGCAUUUAGCUCAUGAAAGAGCACGGUUAAAUCUUUGGACUGCUCCUUUAACACAAGCUCUCAUCAGAGAACUCUACCUAAGUAAAAUACUAUAUAUAAUUUGUAAAGUCAUUAACAGUAAAUACCUGGUUUGUCCAAAGAAACAAUGCAUGUUUGAUGUCUUUGAUAAGUGAGAGUACCUGUCAAAGUCGUGCAUAUUUGUCAUUUCCUCCUCUGUGCCCUGCGUCAGGUAUGUUUGGAUACUAAACAGUCUCCUGAGCGGAUCAAUGAAGAUCAACGCCUCGCCUUUGUUCCUGCACUGCGUCAUCCUCCACGGGAUACCAAACUUUGACGCCACUGGAGGUUAAAGUCAUAUUGUUUACAGUUACACUCGCAGCUGCGACUGCAAAUAAAACUGCAGUUGUUUCAGCUGUAACAGGAUUAGAGAAUCCAGACUCAACCACAUCAGAGCUAAGGCGGUAAACAAGACGGAGACUGAUCUGUAUUUUAUAUCCGUCUCUUUUUCCAUACAUGCUUAAGGCAGAGAGAGGCACUGUGUAUGAAGGCAAGGGCAAAUCUAUGGGAAUUCACAGUCACUUGUUUUGCAUGUUAAUAGCUAAUUUCACUCGAACAGCAGGGAUCCUCAUCACAUAGUGGGGCUAAAAUGACUUCUCACAUCAAUAUGUUAACACGUGAGAGGACAGACAGUUUAAGAGAAACUUCUCUAAUCACAAGGCCUCUAAGUUUACAUGAUCACAGCAUUUUAACUUGUAUUUAUUGAUUAUUUCUUCACAGUUUGUCGUCCAUACAUCAAGGUCUACCAGGGGAUGCAGGCGGUGUAUUCUUCUGGUAUCUAGUAAGUAGCUUGAGCAUGUGUUACAGUCAUUAAACAUUAUUGUAAAUCAAAAAAAAAUGUUGGAAUCAUUUCAAACAAUCUAUCUGUGCUUGUGUUUACUGGCUUGGGCUUCUUUGUCGUUUUUGUUUCAGUCAUAUUGGUCCAAGCCACAGAAACCGUGUGUGCAUCUCACUGGAGCCUGCCCAGCUUCUUAAAGGAGACAUCAUGGUAUUGAAAUCAAUCAAUCAAUAAAUCAAUAAAUGAAAAGAAGCCUCUGUUGAGAGUUUUUUUCUUUGUUGUAUUUUUCUCUGUAGAUCAAAUGCUAUCAUAAGAGUGACAUCACUUCAGAGCGUGAAGUCAUUUUCCGGCUGCAGUUCCACACGGGAGCAGUGCAGGGCUACAACCUCAUGUUUGAAAAGGAAGACAUGGAGACUGCCAACAAAGGUAGACCUGACAGUAAAAAAAAAAGAGAGCAGGUCUCAACACGCUGAUGUUAGCUCCUCUUCUGCUCCGUGCAGAAUCUGCAGGGUUUUGUCUGCAGUUAACUUAGACUUGGCACUUAAGACUGGUUAUCUUAUUUUCCAAAACAUGAGACAAACUUGAGAAUAUUACACCAUUCAUCUUUUUCGUUCCUGAAUGGACACACUAAUGGGAUUCCUAUUUGCUUACAUUUCAGAUCCCAGAUUUCCAGAUUAUGGAAAAGUGGAGCUGGUGUUUUCUGAAGGACCAGAGAGGAUCCCAGGUAGUUUGCUUAUAUUUCUUCUUUUUAAGUGGUAGUAGAAAAGAGCAGACUUUGGGCUUUCUCCAGUGUUCCCUUAGUGCUGUGUCGUGCUCUCUUUUCCUCCCCCUCUGCCCUCCUGGUGAGAGGGGAUGUGGAAUGCUGCAGAGGGGAAAUGUAGUGUGAAGUGUGUGCUGACAGAGAGGUAAAGAAGCACAGCAUGCACAGCCCUAGAAUGAAGCCAUGGUGUGUGGGUCUGCACAUGUUUUUCAGAUAAACUUUGUGCUGAUAAUUUUUUAUUAUGGUACUAAGCAAACUGAAAACAUGCAGCAGGGUGUAAAUCUGGGUAGACUGUUGUGGCACUGGCCUUCAGCUGCAGCACUAUGGGUGAAAGUGAAACCAAUUUUUGUGAAAGCUCAAGGAAAAAAAAUCUAUCUAUCUAUCUAUCUAUCUAUCUAUCUAUCUAUCUAUCUAUCUAUCUAUCUAUCUAUCUAUCUAUCUAUCUAUCUAUCUAUCUAUCUAUCUAUCUAUCUAUCUAUCUAUCUAUCUAUCUAUCUAUCUAUCUAUCUAUCUAUCUAUCUAUCUGCUAGGUACCUUCAGAGAGCAAAUGAGUGUGUUUCCCCUAAAUUUAAGAGAUCAGGUUUUGUUAUUGCCUCAUGUUUGAGUAAAAUUAUUGUUACUAAGUUUUUUUUAUUCCAUUGAAAAUAUCUUUGUGUUACAUUUCCCCACAAAAGAAAGAGAGAGGAGAUAUCAAGAGAUUGCCCAACCUGAAAUAUGUAAACAAAAUUCCUGAAUAAAGCCAAUCCCUGUUUCUCCUCCCUCCAGCUAUGAAAGACAUUACAAUAACAGAAUAUCAAGUUGUGGUUGGUUCUGCUCCCUGUGUUGACUGCUAAGAAAAACACAUACAUUCUCUGUUAUUUUUGGGUCUAGGUGCUGACAGGUGGCAAAAUGGGGCGGAUGUUAUUGUGGACUACAACACAGCAGAUCCUCUAAUCCGCUGGGACUCAUACCAGAACAUCUGUGAUGGCGAAGGUACUGUUAACCCUCUGCAUUAGUCACUACAGGACUCAGAAGGGUUUGUUUUCUCAAUGGUAGAGUCUGCGAGUAUAUGUCUAAUGAAUGGUAGAUGUAUGCAUGCAACAGAGUUUCUUUUUUCCCUUCACAAACUUUGUUUUACUUUCAGUGAUUUAACCUGGCAUGACAAGUCCUGUGCUGCGUGUUACUUAGGAACUGCAGUGUGAUCGCAUUAACAUGCACUUGGUUUGGGUUCCAGUCAUUGCUAACGGGAGUUAUUACUCAUGAGUGGGACUUAAAAUCCCGGCACACAGGCCUUUUGGGAAACAAGACUUCUAUUUUGGCUAGGAGAGGAAAUGAAAGCUAAAUUUGACUUGAAGGUUGCAGUAUGUUGGGAAUGACAAACUGUUUUUUUUUUUUCUGUGUGGAGGACAGGGAGGGAGAUUUGUGUGUGAGAGGGGAAUGCUGGGUUCAGAGGAAGAGCAGUUUGUUCUCAAGAGAUUUCUAUUUUGUUGUUUCAUCAAAUGAAAAGGCAUGCUUAACCAUCCCACACAAACACACAUUCUCUCACUCUCGCCUGCACACACACACACACAGGCUCACACUCAGAGCCACCAUGUCGGGGCGUCCCGUCCUAGCUGCGGUUGUUGCUCUGCACUCGACCACAGAAUUCACAACAACCUCCCAGAAUAGAGCGACGUGGUGGUAGCAUUAAAAGCCAGAUCCACCCUUUCCCAGUAUUCAUUCAGUGUUUUUAUAAGGAAAGUUCAGCUUGACGAAAAUGAGCUGCUUUUUCAUUUUCAAUUAAAACACCCCAACACGUCCAUAUAGAGCUUUUACGAACAGCCCUGGGAAUCAAAUGAAAAAGCCAAAAACACUCAAAUUGAGGAAUACGUCAAAGAAAAGAAAAGACAAUAACAAAGGAGCAUUUUUUUUUCUCCCGCCUCGCUUGCAGAGCAUUCAUGUGGGAUAUUUACAGCUUUGUCUUCUCAAGUAAACACUACAUCUGAGAGGGAAAAACUCAGAGCUGUGCUGGAAUUCUGCAUCUACUUACCACCGGUCGUCUGGCGGGUCCAGCCAGCCUGCAUAGAGGCUGUCAGUCAGAGGACCAGCAGGAGGAGGAAGUCUAGAAAGUGUUUGCCACAGUGGUGCUAAAGUUGUGAAAAGAAAACCUAAUUUACUUAAACGGCUUCUCUCCAAUCACCUAUUAGAGAGUGUGUUUAUCCCAGCGUGUUAAUUAGGACUCGAAUUUCAAGAGAUUCUUUUUUCUAGAGAGGGGAUUUUACUGAAAUUUACCACCAAAGGAAGCUAUUGGCUUUGUGUGGCUUUGAAUGGGUAACAGUAAAUAUCGAAAUGAGAAGUGCUGAAUAGUAUUAACCCAUCUGUAAAGAACAAAGUUAUGUCUGAAAUGUCAAUGGAUAGUCUAACUUUGCUGACUCUUUAAGUAUCACCUAACCCAAGCAUGGACUUUUCUGCAUUUCUAUUGGUCUUGUCAUUCAUUCUAACUAAAGAUUUUAGAUUUUUUUUAAGGAUUUAAGGAUUUUAUUUCGGUAUAAUAUGACCAAAUGGGUGUAGGCAGAAGCAGUGCUUAUAAAGACCUACCUCUUAUACCAUACAUCAAGUAGAUUAUACAGAUACACUCUUCAUACAAAUAUUAACAGUUACAUAUAUAUAGAUAGAGUUAGAAUGUGCUUUGCACUUUACAGUAAUAAUUUACAAUAAAUCAGCAGACAUCAUUUUCUUUACAGUACUGAGAAAUAACAUAAUUCCUGUAAAGUCUCUUAAAGCUUACCAGAGUACUACAUUUUCUAAUUUCUACCGGACAGUUGUUCCAUAUUUUCACCCCUUUUACAGACACACAAAAUUUUUUUACUUUUGUUCACGCUUUCGGUUUCUCAAAUAAUACACAGCCUCUUAGGUUGUAAUUAGAGUCCCUCAGUUUAAUUAGGUUCUGGACAUGUUUUUCGCAGAUGACUCUUAUGGCUCGUUUUUGUAAAAGAAAUAUUGAUAAUAGAAGAUAAUACCAGAUUAACAUUUCGGUUUGCAGAAACAUACUUUAAAAAUAUAGUUGCCAUCAUGUGAGGCAAUGCAUAGGACCAAAGAUGUUUGUGCGACUCUGACUGCGCUGGCUCUGGUGGGAUUAUUAGGUGGACAAUUUGGAAAUGCAGCAAAUGGGACUUUGGUGCCUAUCACAAUAUAUGAGUCAUUCCACGAAAAUAGCUCAAAUUGGACCUAGACAUUUUCACAUUUUUGACCAAAAUGUAUUAUUUGGAUGUAUAUCCCACAGCAUUAAGGACAUAUUUAAAUUUAAGAAAAACGUAUUUUCCCAUCUCAGGCAUUAGUUUACUAUUAUUAUUUGUCAUUAUUUCAAGGUGUGGUCACCGGUUCUCUUCAACCCCGUUACGGUAAGCUCUCUGAAUAUGAUCAAAAUAUGUAUUUCAAAAGAAAGCAAUAUUUUUAAAUCAGUCAAGUGUCCCCCACACUAUUUCAAUAAUUUGAAAGAAAAAAAUGACACAAAAGCUUAAGUUUUUGCUGCCCUAACGCCUUAAAUGUACCUGUGUGUAAAAGCACUCUGGUGGUUUUUCAUCAAAAACUUUGUUUCACUGAAGAAUUGUAAUUAAAAUCCAUGAUCUUUUGAUAGGUCUCCACAUUUUAGACAGAAGUCAACAAACAUUAGAUUAUUUUUUUAAACAUUUUUUUAAAAUAAUGUGUGAAAAUGUAGGUGUGACAGUGUUGAGACUAGGAUGACGGGGUUGAAGGGACAACUACAGCUUUACAUAUAGCAAGUUGUUUUUAACUCUGAAAAUUACUAUAUUAGACUUUGCAAGCUGAGUGUGGAUUUAUGAUAGUAUCUAAAAUCAAAUUUAUGAAUAAAUGUUGCUGUUGGUUUAGUUAAUAUAUGUGCUAAAAAUAGUUUUCAAUAUCUGGCUGAUGACUGAGCAGUAGGUCUGUUUAAAAUGCUUUGAUAGAAUCAGUUAUCAUGUUAGAUAAUUAGUCGUUACCCCUUUUUGUGAACAUCAUGUUUUGUACAAAAUGUACACAGGAUUUUAAGAGACGCAUCGCCCGUCGCUCAUGUUGAAGCUUGGGCGGAAGAAAAUAAGGAUGAUGAUCAUCAUUAUGCUUUCGACUCACGGUUUUGGCAUUUAGGAGGCCGAGCUUGUAUAACUGCGAGGGAAUGGAAAGGUUGGGUAAUUGCAGAGUCGUAGACAUCCAGACCUCCUCCUGCGAUGUGAGAUCAGAUUGAGGAACAGUUCUGGUUUCUCUGCACUGUAAUUGGUGGAUUAUUCAGGGACUGACCAGACCACAACAACCAACAGAUAUAAAAGUUUUGACUGAGUUUCUUAUGCAAAGAACAUACUUGGUUAACCAUUCACGGGCUGGUCAAUUCCAGUUUUAAUCCCAGUAGGUGAAACAAUUGUUAAACCCCAUAAUUGAGCUGGGAGCACAUCUGGUUUCUGACAGUUUUGUACACAAGGAUGGCAGUCGUGCAAUUUCAUGACACACAGGAGUGAAGGGUAGAAAAAAAAACAACCGGGCUGCUGCUUUUUUAUGAAGAUUGCCCAGAGCUCCAAGUAGAAGGCAAGCAUUGGUUUAAUUAAAAAGUGUCUUUUUACAGAGUGAAAAAGUCUGGAGCUGCAGGAAUGUUGUUUUCAUUCUCUGAUCCUCUCCGCGCCGCCCUCUCUCUCUCUCUUUCUUUCUUUCUCUCUUCCCCUUCUUUUCCCCCCCUUUUCUUCCCCAGUGGGGUAGUCCCUUAACGCAGGGCAAGAGGUCGGGUUACUUUUUCUCCUCCAGCCCCACCUCCAUCCUCAAGCCCCGCCUCACUUGUUUACAUUCCUCUGCCCUUAUUUGGAGAUCUCAAGGUCCCCCCUUGUGUGGAGUGCAAACACUCUCACCUUCUCAGCAGAGGAAGAAAGCGGGGCCAACUUCUUCCAACUCUCUUGAUUUGACCCGAGCAUUAUCUGCCUCUUGAAAGCCAUGUCAGAGCAGACCUUUCAUUGUAGCCUCGUCCGCGCUUUAAGUUUUCUCAUACCUGCUUCUUGGAUUGAAUUGUGUGCUUACCUGGCAGUGGCGGUAAAGGUAAGAGAUUUUUUUUCCCCUCAUGAGAUGGAUGGGCAGCCAGGAGGGGGAGGGAGAAGAAAAGAGAGGCAGGACCUGACAGGGAUGACAGAGAAAGAUGGCUGGUGUUGAGGAAGAGGGGGAACAUCUACCUUGAAAAGCUGCUUGCACCUUGCAAGACGGAGUGUUAACAGGGGUGAACGGUUGUAAAAAACUCCCUCUGGAUCUGACCUGCAUGGAGGCCUGGUUGCUUCUGCUGCUCAAGGCCGGAUGCUGGUUCAACUGGUGUGUUUGUGUGAGCAGGAGGAGGGGGGCGACGACUAUACAUACAGGAGCUUUUGCAGAGGAGGAGGGGGAGCUUUUAUCAUGCGUGUCUGGUAUUCAGAUCCUCCAGUCAUGGUUUGACUGAAAGGCAAGCACUUAAGGCGGUACACCGAAGGAGAAGCGCAGGGGUCAUGUUCCAGCUUUCUUUUGUCGAAGAGCGUGGAGAGUGACAGUGAAACAGUUUUACUUUAACUCGGCUGCGCUGCUUACAUGUGCGUCUUCUACUCCGGCCUACAUUCCGCGUAAGUUUCCUUUUAAAUCUUUUUUUCUCUCAUUGAUGUAACUCUACCUCGCAAAAUGACUGACCUUUGCGGUUUGUCCUUUUUACUUCAGAGGAUUAAGGAGGUUGUUUGGAUAUAUGCUAGGGGUCAAGGGGCAGGCGAGAGGGAGUAGGGAGGCUUAAUCACGGCAGGGUGAGGAAUGCAGGGGUCAGACUGCAGAUUCACGGCCGUCUGACUCUUGUAGCAACUUACAGAAAACUGAACAAGUCUUGAAUAACCGGAUGAGCACACAGGAACACCCCGAGAGACUUAAACUAGGAUUUGAGUAUUAAAAGAGGGAUUUGUAAAUCGUCUCAAACUCUUUUUUUGUCUUACUUAAGUUGAAUGAUUUAUGUCUUGUUUCAGAUGUCCUGGUUCUUUGUAUUUGUUUGUAUUGUCUUCGUCAGGUGAUGUGUGAUUGUAAAUGUUGAGUCUUCCCAGUCACAGAUUCUGAAUUAUUGAGUUUUUGGGAUAACAUGACUGUUCACGUUGAGUGGGUUUGUUUCGUCUGUGCCAUUUGUUUGUCCUGCCGUCUGUGUGUGUACGUAUGUGUGACCGUACCAGCUGACUGUAUGAAGCGCUGCAUCUCUUCUAUUUUGCAGCGCCACGUUCUCAAGGCCUAACCCAGGACAAAGUGCCCAACAAGAGGAGCCCCAGCGGAGGAGGAGGAGGAGAGGCCACGCUGGGCCGAGGGGCCCGCACCACCUCGGCCACCUCCAGCCCUGACCACAGCGACCACGCCCUCUCCGUCAGCAGCGACUCGGGCCUGUCUAGCACUUCUCUGUGGGCGGACAGACCCACACCUGUCACCACUACUACCACCACCACCAUCAUUAAGCCCAAAGAGGGCCCCAGUCCACAGGAGAAGGUCCAGCUGAAGCGCCUUUUGAGCGGUUUCGGCCUUGAGGACCCCUCCCUGGAGGUGAUGGAUGAUCAAAGCUCCAGAGUGAGAAUCCAGCGGGUGGUCCCGGCACAGGUGCACAUUAAUGGAGACCCCAGACCCAGAGAGAGGGAAACAGACAUCCUAGAUGAUGAAGUUAUUACAGGUCAUGAUCUGCACAGCGUGGACAGCUUGGGAACAUUAUCCUCCUCCUGCCACAAGAGCAGCCAGAACUCCCUGCUGUCAGAUGGUUUUGGAGGUCCAGGAGGAGAGGAGCAGCAAAACCAAAACCAGCACCACAUUCACCAGCAGGGGCCCCCUCCCAUCGAGGAAUAUGAGAGAGGCUAUGCUGAGACUAAAAGAGGCUGUCUGAGCUCUCGGAGUAACUCUGUGGCCUCCUCUAAUCCCAGCAGCUCCUCCAUGCCCAAGAAGCAUGUGUACAGACAAGGAAGCUACUCCACUCAGUCCUGGGUUCGCCAGCAGCAGAUGGUCGCUGCGGAACAGUUUAUCUACAUGCCAGAAGAGGGAAACGGUACAGAGAGAUACCCAGGGAACAAGCAAGAGAGCAGUCGACCAAAACCAGGCCUGCCCGCUGAACCACAAGGCCCCAUAAAAGACACUAUGUUGAACUCUCAGAGAAACACAGUGCAGCACAAAGAGCAGGCGGCCAUGAACAAUAACAACAACAACAAACGGGACGAGGAGUUCAAGUCGUUAACCAUGGACAUAGACAACUCUAUAGACCAGCUCAACCAGCUGAUCAUGGACCUGGAUCCUACGUUCAUGCCGGUGAAGAGCCGCAGCAGCUCCAUAAAGAACGGCGGGACUCAAGUGAACGGGACCGUCUCCAAAUGCUCGAACGGCAUCGAUGUCAGAUUCAGUGACAAUAACGCAACAACCGUGGAAAACACACAGCAGACAGGUAAGAUCUUCAGACUGUCUGGAUGUGGUGGUAGUGUGGCGGUGUGGUCAUGUUUGACAGUCAUCUUUAUCCCACUAAGUUUUAUCAGUGGAAUUGUCCAACAUCCACGACAAAGAUAUGAGCGUUAAAAGAGAUGCAACAACCAAUCAGUGAAGAGUUUAAGAUUAGGAAUGGACAAUGAUUUUGAUAACUUUAUUUGACUAUUUUAAAGCAGAAAUGUGAGUAAUUUAGGAUUUGCUGCUAUUGUUGUUGAAUUUUGGACGGUUGUUUUAACAAAAAUGAGCUUUUGAAAAAUUUGACUUCAGCUUCUUUUAUAUUAUGAAUUUUUUCAGUAUUUUUGGUUCUUAAUAUACCAGGGAUUAUACAUAUCAAUCAUGAACAGACAGAUCAAUAAAUUCCUGUAGUGAUAGCGUCUUUGCAGCUUUUAUUUCAGAGCACAAUAGUUCCUUUCUAACCGCCUCGGUUUUUUCUUCACCUCCACGACACGACAGAGUUAACUGAACAAAGCACGCCAUCCCUCCCUCUCCCACCUGGCGUGUUUUAGUGGCAGAAAUAGCAGGGUUGUUGCCAGCUUUUCAGAUGUUUUUGGUAUGUUUCUGAGGGAAGGCCGCCGUCCAGACUUGUCUGGAGAGCUAAUCUGACUGGAGGAUCUGUACGUUACAUGAGGGGAAGGAGAGCAGCUGUCAUAAAUGUCUUUGAACAUGGCCUUCCUUUGGUGUUUGAUCAUAGAGAGGAGAUUCAGUAAAUCAAGACUGACCUUCUUAUUGUUAGCAGAUAAAAAAACAAACUCAGUUCAUUUAACAUGUGAUGAUUUUACCCCUUCGCUGCAGUGUUAUGAUCAGCCCACUUCUAUUUAUUCUCGGUCUUUUCAUUUGAGAUUUUGUUAGUUAUAUGUUGCUCAAAUACCAGGAUGGUUUCUUGUAUUGUUGUUUUAUGAAAUGAAGCCACUCAUAAAUCUAUUUAUUACUUAUUUCCACUUUCCACUCAAUUGAAACUCUAACUGAAGAAUCAGUCAUACAGUCAAUGACACACUGUGUGAAUCCAGUCAUUGUUGUUUUGAUGAAGUUGUAUUAACAGGUCUUUGGUUUCCAUGGUAGAGGAAAAUCGGCCUCAUUGUAUCAGAUUCGGCGCACCCUUUUAACUCCUCAGCGUAAGAGCGUUCACAAAGGAAGAAAAAUACGUUUUGACUUUCUGUAGCUGGAACCCAGUGAGGCAGAGAAAAUUCAGAAAUCCGUCUUGAGCUUUAAUCACACUCCAGCAUGCACAUGUGGCUGUAGAGGGGUACAUGAUGGGGGAGGCCUGAGGAAUUUCCAAGAGAGGAACAAGUGAGCCCGGAGGCCAAGUUUUUUUCCAUUUGAUUCCAAGCGCUUACCUGUCCAUGCAUAUCAACUACAGAGAGAGGCGUCAUUCCAAGCAACAAACGCUACAGGCUACAGAAGUUUGCUAAAUUGAAAAUUAACCGAAAGGAAGUAAGAGACUGUUUGUGUUUCAGUUUGCAACAAACAACUAAACCAGUCACGCUUGUGUUGUACCAAACUUUGAUGUUGUCUUUACUGAUUUUUUUUUCUUUGUCUGCUUUGUCAAACUCAUGCGGCUCACUCUAUAAUGUGGCUGUGUUGAAAAAGUGUAUAAUGCUAGUGAAGGAGCAGAGAGAGUAAGGUUCUUGUUUUGAAAUUGUUGUUUUCAGGGUAAGUGGAGCUGAAGAGGUGAGAUGAGAUCACUUUAGGAUAAAGUAAUAAAUCAAAUUCUUCUCAUUUGCAUAUCUUCAAAAUCUUUAUGGCUCAUAAAGAGGCAGAUACUUCAAUGAGAUUCCUGUAAGAUUGAAUAAUCUCACUAUUUAACUCUAUUAUUUAAAUAAAAGAGUCAGUAUUAAAAUUGUUUUUGAGUAGAAAUGGAUCAUUUUGUUGCAGCGUAUGGGAGUGAGGGAGUAUUCUGAUUGAAUUUAAUGAAUGAAAUAUCUGUCACUAUUUGAUGCUGUAAACUCCUGGCAGGACUGUUUGUUGAUUUGCAACAGACUGAUGCAACUAGAGAUGGUUUCUGAGUGGAAAUGCUGCAGGCAGCACAGCGUACUGUAAAGGGUGAAGGAUUACAAAAACAGAAAACCAUUGAAUGAAAAUAAUGUUGUUUUUUUUAUCAUACCAUUUCGAUUCAUUGUUGCUUCAUAUGAUGGUUUUGUCAAACUUUUUUGUGAAAGAGAAUAUCGAUACUCUAGCUCUGCCCAAUGCGCAAUGUGACGUCGAAAUGACGUAUAUUUUACGUAACUUUUGACGUCUAGAUCAGGUCUCCUGAAGGUGCAGAAUCGAAGUUUAUUUUACCUCUUUUUCAGAUGUCAUAUGCACAUCCAAUCCUGACAUCUUGCAGACCUCCAAAUCCGACAUUGACAUGACGUGCAAUUUUGGUCAAAGUUGGCCGUCGAAAUCAGGUCCUCUAGAGGUGCUCAAUGAAUGUUUAUUUAAUGUCUUUUUCUGACAUCAUAUGGACGUCCAAUUCUGACAUCUUGCAGACCUCCAAAUCCGACGUUGGCAUGACGUGCAGUAUUUCGAUUGAAUUUGAUAAAUGAAAUAUCUGACACACUUAACUUUGAUGCUGUAAACUCCUGGCAGGGCUGCUUGUUGAUUUGCAACAGCUUAGUGCAACUAGAGAUGACUUUUGAGAGGAAAUGCUACAGCAAGCACAGUGUACUGUAAAGGGUGUAGGGUUACAUAAAACAAAGGUGCUUACAGAAAGCCAUUGAAUAAAAGUAAUGUUUUUCUUUAGGAUUAUACCAUUUAGAUUCAUUCUUGAUGGUUUUGUCACACUUUUUACUGACAGAGUAGAUUGAUGCUUUGGCUCUGUGUUGAAUAUUACCUGUAGAAGCUGCUUUCAGUGAAAGUUAAAAAAAAAACUGGCAUGUAGGGACAUCUGUCUGUGUCAUCCAUACUCUCUCCAGACGUACUAGUGAAUAAUGAUCCGGGAUAUUAGCACUUCAGCACCAUUAGCAUUCUUCGAGGCUGAGAGGUCAGAGCUGGCUGGGAGGGCUCAAAUUAACACCCUGGUGCUGAGUGGCAGCACUCAUCAGUUUAGUCACAACACUGACCCCCCACACACAUACAUACAUACACCCACACAUGCGCCCCACCCUCUAGCCCCCAGACAGACCCCUGGCAUUCCUCAGCUGUCCUCUCAAAACAUGACUGUAGACUGGGCUUCAGGGUUGCCUUCAUUUGAUGGACUCUCAAAUUAACAUGUGAUAGAUGAGGCUAUUAGAGGGUUCAGAUCAACUAUUAGAGGGUUAUAAAUCAGAUUUGAAGUCAUGUAAACUUGGCUGAAUAGUAUCAUGAUAUAAUAUUUGAUUGUAAAUGUUUUAACUUUAUUGACCAAUGCCACUUUAGUUAGCCUUAAUUUAAUUUAUCCUUAAUUUUUACACUCUGAACUGCAUUUAAAUCAGCAAAAUCUCCACAUUUGAUGAUCGGCUUGCUCCUCUUCUUGUGUGUAUCCAGCUGUCCAGUCCAGUGAGGGCCGCAUGGGUGUCAUGCGGAGUCUGAGUCGCCAAGGAAAUGAAGUCACAGAUCAUUCGGGCUUCUGUAACUCAGGGUGGGGUGUGACGGAGGAGUACAGGGGCCAGCGGAUCUAUCCCCCCUGCGCGCCACAGAGUCAGGUAAACACUCUUUAUUUACAUUUUGCGCUCUGCCUCUGUGUAUCUUUUUAUCAUGUGGUGUUGGUUACAUGUAUGUGUGUUGUUUGUCGUAGCAUCACAUGCUGUUCAGGAGCGACAGCGCGGACUAUAGAGCCCAGGGAGCAGACAUGGACAGCGGGGUAGAAGCUGUGAGUGACAUGAGUCCACCCACCCCGGCCUUUCCUAUUUCCCCUCCAACACCUUAUGGUAAGCACUGUGUGUGAUCGAACAGGCUUCUGUGAUCCAAACAUGUGAUUUUACAAACAAUCGUGAACAGAUUUGUGUUUUUCAUUCUCAUUUUCUUUGUCUUUUUAGUGAAAAAUAUGUCAGAAUUCACUCACCUCAGGCAAACACCAUCACCGAGUGUGCAGACAUACGGAGGCUACAGGACAGAUCACGGUGGGUUUAUUUCUCUGCAGAAUACAAACUUGUUUCAGUAUAGAGACAGAUAGAAAACAUGUAGAUCAUUUGAGCCUUUGGCGUAGCUUAUCCAAAAACUGGGACACCAUGUUUCUGUGAAGAACACAAUAAAAGACUGUCUUCAAGACCACCCUAGUCAUUCCAGCGUACAUGUGUUUUUCCCCUCCACCAAUUAAAGUGAGUAAGUGACAGAGACGCGUAUUGUGAAACUAGUAAUUGCAAGAGUCUUCUUUCAUGUCUACGCUUUGAAAGAGUAUUUGGGUCCACUAUCUUGUAAGAACAGAGCUAUUCCAGGCCCCCCUAGCUUUUCCCAAUAAUAGUGACAUUGUUGUUCAAGGAAUUUAAGCGGUUUUCAGAGAGACAUAAAAAACAAAGACGUCCUACAUUUGCAGAAGCGGGAGAUUACUAACCAGUCUCUGCCCUUUCUGUUUGGUUUUUAGAGAAUGUCUUUGUGGUCGUGGCCUGAGGAGGCGACUUAUUUUAGACGUAAUAGUGUUGUUCUUCAAGAUUAAAACAGGGCUGUUUUUGUUUCUUUUUCUGUGGUGUCUAUCUGGAGGGAGGAAACACUCACAUUAUGAGAUUCUCAGAGAUGAGCCAAAAGAGGAGUUUGAGUUUGUAGACUUUUUUUUAUGUAGAUGGACAACGAAACAAGUAGAGAUAGAGUUAACGCGUUAAAAAGAGACAAACUAACCUCUGACAGAAAGAAGAGCAGAAGAUAUCACAGCUCAGUGUUUGAAAAAUAAAGAGGUCCGGCAUAAGUCUACGCAGUUUUUAAUAAAAACACUACUUUUUACUCUGACUACCUCAGACACUCCAGUAAGAACCAGCUCAUUCAGUCCCGACACAUCUCCAUGGUUACUGUGGAUCAGGAGCCAUGACACAAAACAACUAUGAAAGUGUCCCUGUUUACACACAGGGGGGAAACGGGAACAAGAAGAAAACCAGCAACUCUUUCAGCUUUAUGCUCUCAGUUCCUGUAAAAGUAACCGAGAGCAAAUCCAGCUGUAAAGCCUGAGUGCUGAGCUUUUAGACUCCAGGGCUGCCGGAGAGUCCAGACUAUAAGUGAUUGAAAAAAUUGAUUAAACUGAAUCCUGUCAGAAAGCUUUCCAUUUCUGUAUAUUGGAUUAUGAUUUGUUGACUCUGUUGCAGGGGCAUGGAUGAAUUGUUGAUUGGUUUCAUAUACUCUAGGUUAAUGACUGUGGUUAGAGUUAUAUGAACAGAUCCAUCUUUCCUUUUCCUUAUCACACAAUUCAGUUAUAACUUCUACAAUACAGUCCGUAUUUUAGCUUUUUUAGCCAGCUCUGUACCUGUUAUCUCUAUUUGGGGUAUUGGGGUUAGAGUUAAGGGUUAAUGUUAGGGUUAGGGUUAUGGGGUUAGGGUUAAAAUCACUGUCCAGGACCUAAUUAGGAGCCAAUUUCAGAUCAUUUGGAGUCAAUUGGAAAAAAAAAAUAGUAAAAAUGUCAAACAUUUUUGUAAGUGUUAGGGUUAAGUUGUAGUAUUUGUCUGUGUCAAACUCUAAGCACACUUUUGGAACAAAAACAGCAUUUCAUGUUAUUGUGAUCAAUCAAAGUUGCCGGAGCUCAGACUUUUUGUUUUCUUGCUGUCAAACAGAACCCCGCGGGUAUCCUGAGAUGGUCAGUCACGUUGGGGUUGACGGUUUACCAGACCCCUCCAUCAAUUGUCACAGGACACUCAGCGCUGUUCACUCCGCCUCUAUGAGUGGGACCCUUCAGCGGACAGACAGGUAAAGAUAAUUCUUCUAUACAGUGUUGAUUUACUCCUCCACCGAGAGCUUCAGAGCAAAAACAAACUGUGGAUGGUGUGAAUGAUUUCAAGUGGGAUUGGAAAUGCUUUAAUAUGUUUAAUAUUUGUACUGGUUUUCAGCCUCUGUGCUAACAACAGGGCAUGACUAGAUAAGAUAAGAUAGGACAUUCCUGUAAUAGUCCCACAGGGGGAAAUUCCAAAUACAGAUACAAAAGGAGAAAUGAAAGGAUAAACAAGCGUAGAGUUUAAAAAAAAUAGAUAUGUACAACUGUACAUACAGUUCAGCAGCUUUUAAAAAAGGAGUGAAGGCAUGAGAAAUUAAAGCUCCUUAGAGUAGUUUUUUGAUGUUUAUUACAUAGACUGAAAGUUGUCAAAUCAGAAUCACAGACUAAAAGCUUUUCUGUAAAAGUGUGUCUUGAAUAAUGACACAAAAGUCUGGACCUGCAAAUCUUAACUCCUGAAGUAGACUCUUCCAGAUUUAGGCUCCAACAGCAAAAACCUCGUCCCCUUUCUCAUCAGACUUGUCCUUGAAACGGCUAUUAGAGCAGUAACAGGGGAUCUCAGACUGAACUCUGACUCACAGGGGGUAAAACCUCAUAAAUACGGGGAGAAGCCCAUUCAUGUUAUUACCAAUGCUAAAUUCGACAGGUAGCAACGUAAAGAUGGUAGAGUUUAGGGGACGUGCACAUUUUUUGGUUUUGCUGCAUUUCCACUGUUUGAAGAGGUUGGAUUGACUGCUGAUUAACUGACUGAGAAUUAAAAAAAAUGACAGUACAUUUUUGAAUACAGACUUUAAAUCAAUGAAAACUGAACAUUGCAAAUAUUUACAAAUGGAUGCAUUUUUGACUUCUAUUUUCUCUGACUUUAGUUCAACAGUGAGCACGUCUUGGCCAGAGCACUCCGUCCUGAGCCGCCACUCCUCUCUGAGCAACUACUCCUCUGCCAGACAACCAAUACAGCACACCAUGUCACUGGACUAUGGACACCACUCACCUCCCCUCCACCACCCCCACAUCCACCCUGCCCCCAACGCCCACAGCUCUCCCCGCAGCAGCCAGAGAAGCUGUAUGGCUCGCUACGCCCUCAGCCGCAGUCCUGCUCAGAGCUUUGAUGAGCAGGAUGACUCAGGUCUUGGCUACGGCACGGACUGCCCGAACUCCACCUCAUCCCUGUUAGGAAACGGAGGCAUGGACAGGGAACUUCUGCCCCAGCUGCAGCCACCGCUGCUGCCAGAGAAGAAGAGGGUGUCAGAAGGAGAGCACUCACUGGGAACAGCGUCUCCUGCCCUCAGUGGGUUCUCAAGCCCUCACAGUGGGAGCUCCCUGAGCAUCCCCUUCCCCAAUGUUUUGCCUGACCUCUCAGCUCAGAUACCAGGCACCGCCUCACCUCUGCCAGGUAAACUGGAGUCCCCCUAUUAAGCUAAAAACAGAAAAUGAAUCCUGCUCUUUAUUUGGCUGAUGACUGUUUUCUUCCAGAUGUUCUGGCCGGCAAGCAGGUUACUGUAAAGUUUGUGCAGGACACAUCCAAAUUCUGGUACAAGCCAGACAUCUCAAGGGAUCAAGGUGGGUUUACAGAGUCAACUACUGUGAGAAUAAACGUUUCUGUUUAAUAUAGAGUUAUCUCCUCAUUGUGUGUGUUUUUAUUUCUUUUUAUUUCACAGCCAUUUCAGUCUUGAAGGAUAAGGAGCCUGGCUGCUUUAUCGUACGAGACAGUCAUUCCUUCAGGGGGGCCUAUGGACUGGCGAUGAAGGUGGCCACUCCUCCACCUUCAGUUCUUCAGCAGACUAAGAAAGGUAUGACAGAUGUGGAUGACUAAUGGUUGGGCGAUGAUUAGUCACUUUACACUUUUGAUUUUUAUAUAACAUUCAGUUUAUUAGAGAUGUCACAGAGGCUCGAUUUUUUCAUAAUUUUGUCCUGUACAUAUGAAAACUGUAUUUUUUAACCCCCCAAAAAAUCAUAUCCUGGUGUCUCUCAGCAGUCAAAUGAAUUAUUUUCCAAUAGGAAUGUAAAACAAAAGCUUGUUUGGCAGCUUUGUGGUAUUUACUUCUUCUGACACACUGCCACAGCUGUUUAGGAAACUAAAAAUAACAAAAUAAUCUAUAUUCUGUUUGCUUUUGUUGGCCAUUCAGUGGAAAUAGUAUUCAUUUCAGUCUGUUUUCAUAGUCAGCUGGAAACACCUUACAGAAACCUCAAGAAGCGAUCAAAUAACAGAGCUUAAUAUAUGGACAGGUUCUGAAUAUAUGCUAAAAUAUUUAUUAUAACAAAAAUGAAAAGAGUUCUACAACCUUCCCCAGUUUGGCAUCAAUAUUUAAAGAUUGCCAAACAAGCUUUCUGACUUCUCUUGUACCUCUUCAAUCAUUUCAUCUUGUUUAUUUGACUUUUACACUGGCAUGCAUUCAAAGGCAGCAUUUGCCGAUUUAUGAGGAUUGCAUAAUUUCUGUUUGGUGUAAAUUUGCAAAUAUGAUACAGUACAUAACUUCCCACUGGAAAAUCAAAUUGUUUAAAAAAAAAAAAAUCACUGCCUUCCUCUGGCUGCCAGCUCUUAAACCAAUCCUCCAUACAUGGGAAAAUUAUCAGCCCACUCAUCCUGGUACAGAAAAGAAAGACCACAAGUGUAUUUUGAUAUGAGCGAUUGGUCCAGUAGUACAGACACCCGCACAUCACACACAAAGCGAUCUACAGUUACAGUGCGCUGUACUCACCUUUACACUGGAACCUGAGAGUCUCUCCCUCUGUUUGUGUGUGUGAGAGCUCCUCAAUGUGUGUUUCUCUCCUGGGCAUCACCACCAUGAAGCCAAACAGACCCCUUUUUGCUUGACAGUCUUAGAUGUACAGCUAAUGUUUCACCCCUGAACAAAGGAUGUGCCGGGUCCGUAAGCCCGCUCUGAUCCCAGGGCCUUUUCAGCGGAGGCGCACUGCCCCACAUAACACUGUCUGGUGUAGAUGUGAUUUCCAGGGACCAGGGUCAAAACAGGUUGCUGAAAUAAGUUAUUACUCCCCGGUGUUUUUCUCUGGCAUGUUCAGGGGAAGUAGAUGACAUUGCAACAGAAAUCUAACCAAAUGAGAGAUCCACACAUCAGUCCUCUCAUUCCAAAAGAGGCAAAAGACAUUUAAUCCUAUUUAAAGGGAUAUUCCAGCGUAAAAUUCAGUUAGGGUCAAACACACUGUAACACUGGGUUACGGCAAGACCCACAGGAUCCAGAACACAAGCAUUAUAAUCAAUGUAUGUCAUUCCACAGAAUCUGUCUGUCAUCCGGCUCAUCUGCGGAUCAGCUCCAGCGGCCAGAGCAGAUACGCAAGGCAUCUAUUUUUGCCAGACGCCCGAGCACGGCGCAUCAAUUCAGUGCAGUGCAGCACGAGCAGCAUCGGAAGUUGUAUGCGGUUACAGAGUAAAAUAUCUGGUUAAUUUUCUAAUUAAAAUAAAGUCAAUACAUUAAAUUGUUCUUAACUUGAUAAUAGGAGAGGCCAGGGCUGUGGGACGUGGGUGUUUAUAUACACCGCCAUUUAUAUACUCCGAUCGGUGGAUCUCAUUCUAUGAUUCCCGGGGAAACAUGCGAGAGCUAGUGAGAUCUAGUCCAGUCUCACAAGAUAUAUCAGUAAUUUUCUCCUCUGAUGGCGGCAGAUCGGAUCCGGUGGGCACUGUAUGCUUGUGGAUCUGAUCCGCCUGCCAGUCCGGAGCAGAGCGGAGCCAUUUCAGAUCCUGUGGGUUUAGCCAGUUGGACACCCCGUCAAGAGAUAAAUUUCGCCGACCGCUUGCUUCUCUAGUUGUACCAAUUUAGUAACGACUGCACAAUAGCAAUACACAGCCGCCCCAGGAGCCACGUGCUCAAGCAAAACGCCACUCUAUAGCCACAAAUAAUGCUCAGAACAGCACCUAACCUCAUCAACAGUACAUAUAGGGUCCCAGCCACAGCACUAGCCACCAAACAUCUUUUUAGCUUUGCCUAAUUUCUUUAACAAAAGUACCAAACACAACUCACCUGCUCUCUUCCAGCAGCCACUUGUUUGUAAGGAGACCUCAGGCGAGUCCCUUACGGACUGCUGCGGGGUGACGCAACUCAAGGAAAGACAUGACCAUAACUUAAUUUUAUGUCGGAAUAUCCCUUUAAAGGGAAUCAAAAACAAAUGAGUUAUUUAUAAUGUGUAUUUUCUAUCAGCAUGUUAGAGGCACAAAGGAUGCCCUUCUGCCCUUCCUUCAUCAACCCACCAGUGCUCUCAACCCUUUUAUUUUAUCUCCUGCUCACACCUGGUCCUUUGUUUGUCUUCACCCAUUUGCGGCCUAACGGCACCUGUGGUGACAUCAUGACACGGUCUUUCCCCGCACUUUCAGCUCAGGGCAUUGUGGCUCCUCAUAAGUGUGAAACCAAAACCCACCUUAAGGAGGAAGGCCUUUGUGUCCAGACAUUCCUUACACGAGACUCCUCCUGCCCCUUCAGAGGCACUUCUGUUGAAUCAUAAUCCCAUUAAUCUCUGCAGACAUUGAAUAAGGGGGAUUCGAUAUGUUUUAUGUAACUCUUCAUAACAGGGAAAAUGAUCAGGGGCUGAUUUGUUGGUCAGACUGAAGAAGUUGGAUUAAAUUUUGUUACAGCAGCCACAGCCCUGCUGUGGGGAAUGAGUGAUUCUCGUGUUUCUUCUACAUUUUUCAAUAUCUAUUGUUUUCAUUUCAUCACAACAGGAGGUGAUCUGUCCAAUGAACUGGUUCGCCACUUCCUGAUUGAGUGUACACAGAAAGGAGUGCGGUUGAAGGGUUGUCCAAAUGAGCCCUAUUUUGGUAAGUACUCUGACAACAGUGACACCUCUUGGCAGUAUGGUAACAUUGCAAUUAGAUUAAAAAGAAAAAAAAAAUCUUUCUCUUUACUGCCCUCUUCUGGUUAGAGGCAUAUUAAGUCACUAGUUUUUGUUUAAUAGUAACUCCUGUGUAAAAUGGCAUAAACAAGGUCUGUUAAAGUGGAUUUUUGGUAUUUUUGACGUGUUUGUUUUGCAGUUUUUGUAGUUUUCUUGAUUCUGAGUUGCAUAUUUGUUUUUGUUUUUGGGAAGUAUGCAAGCUCUGUGACUGCUUCCGUGAAUCAUAGUGUCAAAAACGUCAUAUAAUUGACCUCAAUUUGAUCUAUUUUGCUUUCAAUUGAUUUUUUUAGAUUUACAGAUCAAAGAAAAUUUGUGUUAAAGCUCCAGAUAUAGAAUAUUUAAUGUGGAGGUGGAUUUAGAAGAUGGGAAACUGGUUCAAUGGUGAGCUUGAUUUGACAUCUUUUUGUUCUUCAGGAAGCUUAACUGCACUGGUCUGCCAACAUUCAAUCACCCCCCUGGCCCUGCCCUGCAAACUCAUCAUUCCUGAUAGAGGUAAACUUUAAAUACACCAUCACAGAGACAAUUUCACACAGAAGAUUAUGUUUAGAAUAGAAAACAAACAUCUUUCAGCUUAUGUGGCUACCCACAUCUGCAAGUCUGUCUGCUCAACUGUCCAGUCAUCAUAUCUGUUGAUGUAACUUAUGUGGUUUUUGCCUUAAUAAUCUCACUAACCUUGUUGCUUUUCUUCUUCAUAGAUCCUCUAGAGGAUGUUGUGGAGACUACCUCACAAUCAGUCACCAACUCUGCUGCUGAGCUGUUGAAACAGGGAGCAGGUAAUCACCUAAGAUCACGCUCUUUAAAUAGACUCUCUUACAAAGCAAUGAUGCCACUUUACAUAAACACUUACAUAAUCUUUGUGUGCAACUCUGUGACGUUUUUGGAGUUGAGUGUAUCCACAAUUAUCCACUCAUUUCUCCUUGCCCUGUUGUUAUGCACUGAGUCACUAAAUACACUUGCCUUAUUUGCACAGAUGCGAUCAUAGUGUAAUUUAAACCCUUGUGUGUGUUUGUGUGUGUGUCUGCAGCCUGCAAUGUGUGGUACCUGUGCUCUGUCGAGAUGGAGUCACUUACGGGCGCCCAGGCAGUGCAGAAAGCCACCAGCAUGACUCUGAACGCCAACCCUCCACCAACCUCCACUGUAGUUCACUUUAAGGUGUCAUCCCAAGGAAUUACACUCACGGACAACCAGAGGAAGUGAGUGUAACUCAGGCAAACUCACACAUACACACAUGGGAUUAUUUUUAUUAUUAUUUUAAUAUCACAAUAACCCUCUUUUGUUUCGUUUAAGGCUCUUCUUCAGGAGGCAUUAUAACGUCAACACAGUCAUAUUCUGUGCAUUAGACCCUCAAGAAAGAAAGUGAGUAUCGGUGGCUCAAGUUUAAAGGCUUGUGAUGGUUGUUAGUGCUCUAUUUGUGCUGUGUGAAAAAAAAAACAUGAUUUUAAAUAAUGAAGUCAUACAUCCUUAAGUUAAAUUAAGCUAAAACCUGCAGUGCUGCUGUUGAUUUUAAAUGUUAUAAUCAAUCAGGAUCUGAGUUGCUUUCCAAGCUGCACAGUAAAUCAUACAAUAAGAAACAUGCAAUAUAUAUUUAAAACAGCAUGACAUUAAAGCUACAUGAUCUCUAUUCAGAGUUACAAGAGCAGUAAGUUGCAUGUACAGAUGAAAAACAAGGUCCGAAAACAUGAUCGUACUCUUGUCUCUGCUCACAGGUGGAAAAAAGAUGGCUUCCCUUCAGCAAAGUAAGCAAAUCCAUAUUUUCUUUUAUUAUCUUACCCAGAAUAGCGUUACUGCAGUUAUUUCUAAAGUCACACUGAGGGUUAGAGGCAGGUUAAAGCCCCACCAUUAAGUACUUUGCUCCAUCUCUGCAGGAUCUUUGGUUUUGUGGCGAGAAAAGCUGGCACUUCCAUGGACAACGUAUGUCACCUGUUUGCAGAGCACGACCCUGAGCAACCGGCGAGCGCCAUCGUCAACUUUGUUUCCAAGGUGAUGAUUGGCUCACAGAAGAGUAAGUAA